ACUGCAUACUUGAACUCUACUCAUGCCUCCAUCAACUAGUGCACCGCGAAAGCGGGUCAGAAAACGAAAAAGACGCGCUCUUUCAAUAUCCCCCGAUUCUUCGGCGAUCUCGUCUGACUCUGAAACCGAGGCAACACCAUCUAAGCCAACACCGGCACCUGCACCCCUUCCACCACCUGCCGAGGCAACGUCCUCCAGUGAAGACAGUUCUGAUUCCGACAGCUCAGACUCGAGCUCGAGUUCAGAGGGAGAUGCUUCUCCCUCGGCAAAAAUUAUCUCUCAGUCUGCGACCACUGUCAAUGCACACGCCCCUAAUCUGCGGCGAAACACACCUUCUCCUCCCCCAACAUCAGUUCCAUUACCGUCGUUUCUCCCACCGGCAGACGCGCCAGACUACGAAAAUGCAGAAAACAGACUGAAGGAGCGCUUCAGGAAAUUCUGGAUGUCCUCUGUUGCCGACGGCUUCAAGGAUGAUCUAGAGGAGAUUCGGUUGAAGGAACCCAACUUGGGGACAUCUCGCCUUGCUCUUCUGAUUGAUUCUCUUGCCUCCGGUGCGGACGUCUUCUCUUCGUCGACUAGGAACGGGCAAGUCAAUGAGAUGGAGAUUGUAUUGGAGUAGCAAUGUAUUCGUUCGUUGGUCUUUCGACCUGAUGUAACUACCUGUUGAGGACUCUGCUCCCGUUCAAAUCAAGUCCAACCAGUCCACAUCCA